UCCUGGGUUUCACCUGAGACCUGCUCGGGCAGCCCGGAUCCCUAACACGCGAUUACCGAACGAGAUGUAAUCUUUUACUUUUAGAAUCAUUAUUAUUCCCUGUGCUGCUCCGAGUCGAAAGGUGGAUGUAACCUCGCAGAGAUUUUUUUGGGUGACUUCAGAGAUAACUUUAAUUGUUGGCUCUGCUCCAGAAGUGAGCAUAAUUUGUGAAGCCAAAACAAAAUGUCUCCGAGAUUCCAGUUUUAUGCCGUUUGCUGGUGCGUAACAGGUAUGUUGGCUUCCAACGCCCAACAAUGUGGCCGGCCAACGAUCGUGGAGAACAGGAUUGUGGGAGGGGAGGAUGCCACACAGGGGGCUUGGCCGUGGCAGGUGGAUAUCCAGAAAGGCACAUCUGGUCACGUCUGUGGAGGCUCCAUCAUCUCGGAGAGCUGGGUCCUCUCAGCCGCUCAUUGUUUCCCCAAUCCCUACGACGUGAGCUCCUACAUCAUCUAUGCUGGCCGGCAAUGGCUGCACGGCUACAACCUGUACGAGUCGUUGCAUUUCGUGAGCCGGGUGGUGAUCCCGCCCGGUUACAGUGAUCCAGAAAGCGGGAGCGAUGUGGUGCUGGUGCAGCUGUCCAGCCCGGUGUACUGGUCAGAUUACAUCCGUCCCAUCUGCUUGCCGGCCUCCGGCACCCUGUUCCCAGCCGGCUUGCCGUGCUAUGUCACCGGCUGGGGGAACAUGCGGAAUGGCGUCCCUCUGCAAGGUGUCGGUACUCUGCAGCAGGUGAUGGUGCCAAUCAUCUCCCAGAGUUCCUGUCAGGAGAUGUACCUGACGGAUCCGACGAAGCAGGUGGACAUUCUGUACGACAUGAUCUGUGCCGGAUACCAGGAGGGCGGCAAGGAUUCCUGCCAGGGCGAUUCAGGAGGGCCCCUCGUCUGCCAGAUGGCGAAUGAGACCUGGGUGCAGGCCGGGGUGGUGAGCUUCGGAGAGGGCUGCGCUGCCUCCAACCACCCCGGAGUUUACGGCCGGCUGACCAGCUUCUCGAGCUUCUUCAGGGACACGGCGCCGGAGGUCCGUCUGUACGGACGAGCUCAUCGGGAGGGGGGUGGGCGGGCCGCCGUGUCGGUCAGCUGCCUGGCCGCGCUGCUGGUUCUGCUUCACAGGUAGAACGCCGAGCUGUGGAACGCAAACCGAGCCAAGUGAAGGAUGAGAUGAAUCGUGUCUGACCGACGUUAUCAUGAAUAGUAAAAUUGAGAAAAGUGAAGGAUGAGAUGAAUCGUGUCUGACCGACGUUAUCAUGAAUAGUAAAACGAGAAAAGUGCACAUGAAGCCAAAAGGAACCUAAACUGUAAUAUAAUCUUAAUUUUUAGAGCUUUAACUUUGCAUCAUGAUCUUUAAAGAUAAGUACUUUUGAUAUUGUCGUACUUUAAAUCAGAAUUCUGAGAUUUGUUCUGUAUUCGCAAUGAAUUGUAAUUUUAUUCUUUAAUUCUUCAGCGCUCUGUUCAACUUCUGAUGGCCGAGUUAGGAAAUGUUUUACUGGUGUCGUGUUGUUUGUGUACCAAAGCUUCAUUUGUGUCUUUUGUAUCCGCCUCCAGUACACACAUUUUCGAUUAUCAGGACUUUGAACAAUCAAUCAAUAACAAGCCUGUUUUUUUUGUGAAUAAAUAUGACCUACUUUGCAGUA